ACAAGCCCCAGGUAUUGCUGCUGUAUGCUGGUGUGGGUAUCACACUUCGAGAACCGUUGUACUAUUUUGCUUAAUCCUCUAAAUGAGCUAGGUAGCCAUUCGUCUCUGUGAGGUCAGUACUGUUAGUCUUUCCAUUUUCCAAGUGGUCUAAAUACAUGCUUGUUUGAAAGGGUUAGUGAGUUCUGGCCCGUGUAUUUAGCCUUGCAAGGGGGGCCUGUCAUCAUUUCCUCGAUGACCGCCUGAGGCUCAGAGAGGUGACAUGAUUUGUCCAAGGUAGCACAGCGAUUAGAGGGAGACGCUGGCAUUGAACCAGGUUUCUCUGAAGCCCCACCUUUCCCCACCCUCUCAGGUGGAGAGGAUGUCUAGCUUCUGACCUCAGACAUCGCUUCAGGAAAUCCUGUCCGUAGCUUCAGAGCUCAGCAAUCUCUGGCAGGUAUGGCCGACCAGUUCCCCACAUAGCUGGCUGAGAUCCAGUUAUAGCCUCAGGACCACAGAGCCCCGGCCUCCCACUUAGGUCUCCUGCUGCCCACGCUCCUGCCUUGAUCUGCAGCCCGAUAAAGGCUGGGCCGCAGGCAGCAGGGCUCAGUAAGCCUGGCUCCUUUGGUGGCCUCCCCAGAAGCCCUGUGGCCAUGACGCAGCUGCUUCUGCUGACUGUGGCCCUCCUGGUCCUGGGUCAUGUGCCACCAGGGAGAAGUGAAUUCAAGCGGUGCUGGAAAGGCCAAGGGGCCUGCCGAACUUACUGUACCAGGCAUGAAACCUACAUGCACAUGUGCCCAGAUGCCUCCCUGUGCUGUGUCGCCUAUGGAAUCAGGCCUCUGCCCUCUAAGACUGAACCUGUGUAGCUGGUUCUGGGCUGACACCCUUGCUGUCCAAUAAACACCUGCUGCUGCCCGUC